GAUGUGCACUUCCCAAGAAAUAUCAAAGUUAGCUUUAUAUAUUGAAGUUGAAAGAAACCAUAUACAGUGUCCUACAAAUACUUUUGGAUGUGUCACACAAGGAGCUAGAAAAGAAAAGUUGUGAAGAAAAAAAGUAAAGAAAAUUUUGGCUGUUUAAACCAAAAUCAAAGUGAGGUCACUUGUAAUUUUGGCCAAGUAUAAAUUGAUAUUCAAAAGAAGUUUGCUCUUGGGUUGGUGUUGAACAAUUUCUUUAAGAUUAUUUCAGUAGUCAUGAAGAACAACUCAGCAAUUAAAUUCCUAAAACAUGUCAUUUCAGUACUAUCCACACUAACCAAAUCAAAAUCAACAGCCAUCAAAAGCAAAACUGAGGCAAUAAAAGCUAAGUUAAUGGUCUUAUCAUUGCUCAAAUCCAAGAAACUCUCUUUAUCUGGCCUAGGAACUAAGGCCAUUUCUCACAAGAUUCAUUCACUAUUAGGCCAUAAAGAUCAAGAUCACGAAGACGAAAACAAUAAGGCCAUUGUACUAGUCUACAACCACGCCCCUGAAGUCGGUGAAGAUCAUGUACACUAUCAGCAUAACGAGGCUAACGAAGAGAUACUACUAUUAAGCAAUGGAGAAAACUACGAUUAUGAUGAUGAUAAGUAUCCGGAUUUAACACAUUCAUUGUUCGAUGAAGAGGACGAGUACUUAGGUGAUCCAAAUGCAUCAGCUAUAGACAUGGUAAGGAAUUUCAAAGAGGAAGAAGGAGAGAACUUUGUGCUUGAAGACGAGAUCGAUAACGUUGCAGACUUGUUCAUCAAGAAGUUUCACAAAAGGAUGAGAUUACAAAAGCUUGAAUCUUUCAAGAGGUAUCAAGAAAUGCUUCAGAGAAGCACUUAAUUAUAAGUAGAUUAAUGAGUAUUAUUAAUUGCUAAUCAAAGUUUUUAUCUGUUAAACUUCUGCAAUAUUAUUAUUAUUGUUGCAGUAGUUCUUUUGUUUCAACUAUGAAGUGUUUGUUUUUUUCAGUUUUUUUUAAAUAAAUUUUCAUGUCCUUUGUUUCCUAGUAGCAAAAGAGAGAAAAACUAAGGACUUGUACUAAUAAGUUGGGAGAAAUAGGUAAGUAUGAAUCAAGAUUGUGUGUGAGUUUCUAACUAUGUAAAUUUAAUCUCUGAGUAUGGGAUCGAUAUCGGUAAUCACGAUGAACUUUUGGUUAUUUGACUUU